AUGGGGCAGCAAAGAGCCAUAAAAGGUUUUGAGGACUGGAGAAAAAUGCCUUCUUGCUCUGCACAAGAUCUUGGCAGACCUCCAGGCUGCCAUGCUAGGACCCUCUGGCAGAGUCUCCAGACAGACAGGCUCCAAUACAUCUUGGAGCACAGUUCCUCAAGAUGGGAAACCUCGUGGCUCAUCAGGGUCUGUUCAUCAGUGACCCAGGCAAGGACAUCAGCCAGCAGGCCAGAGAGGGAAUUUACUGGCUCUACCAACUGCUGCUACACCAGAAAGGUAGUGUCACCUGAAGAUAAUCAAGCAUCUCUGGAAAGGGUGAUCUCUUCUGUCCAAAAUAAGUUAACCGCUAACUCCAGUAGCAGAGGAUGGCAGGCAUGUGUUACAAAGCUGACUUUUCCCCUUAAAGAUGUGAUCACUUGCAAUAACCCUCAAGCCUGGAAGCAAAGCACAAGAGUAUUGCUUUUACAGUUAGUCAGGAGUACAACAAAGGACACGUAUGGUGGCCACAAACCUGAGCCAGAGAGAAACAACAGCUGCCCUGAAGAUCUGAGACUUCAGCAUGCACCAUCUCUGGCAGCUGCCAAAACUCUGUCUACAUGUGGAUAUCAGGUGAGAAGAAAGAACAUGAAGCCUCCUCCACCCCCAAACUCCACGUGGCCUUCUUUACUGUUUGAAACUUUGCUUUGGGAUGUAACCUUUAGAAGAAUCCACUUCAAAGGUUAA